AUGCAGGGCGAUGACGGUCCUAGAACCAUCACCGCGGGCAGUGAUUCGAAAACGGUUAAAAAGGAGUCCAGUAACGCGAGUUUCGGUCCGACAUCCCCCUAUCCGAAUACUACCAUCCGAGUCGGAUCCAUCAGCGAUAUUGAACCACCAUCCUCGAGCAACGCCGAGCCCCUCCCUAGCAACAUCAGACAAGAAUCUCCCCCCAAGGCACCAUCCGUUAUUGAACUUAGUUCAGACUCUGACGACGAGGUUAACCCUCGCCCCAGCGAACACAUUUCUCAGUACGCCUUUCCGGACGGAGAAGUAAUUGAAAUAGGAUCUUCAGACGAAGAACCAAUGCCCGCUCUUCCGAUUCCUCGCCAGUCCUCGUCGUUAACAAAUGCCCCGAGACUAUAUCGUGCCAGUGCUAGCUCGGAUAUAAUUACGCCUCGUCCCAGUAGCACCGGAACGAUGCUGCAUCGCCAAGUCGUAGAACCUCUUCCAGUGGAAUACGAUCGUUCUCAAAUGUUCUGGACACAAAACCGAUCUCGACCAUCUAGCCCCGAGAGUGUUGGCAGCUUUGCUCCGAGCUCUCGCAAGCGCUUAAUCCAUAGCGUGGAUACAGAUGGCCCUGAAGGCCAUGUCUCGAAGCGGGCCCGAUACGGCAUGUUCCCCGAAACCGGGGUCCCCUACCAAGACGAAGAAUUCGAAGAAGACUACUACGGACCUGCCAAUAACUAUAUGACCCAGCAAAUUGCAGGCCAGGCUCGAGCCGGUACGAUUAUGCCGGGGCACUUCACCCUCCAUCCCGUUGGACAAGCGCCAGCGCCAGUACCCUACCCUGCAACCACCCUCUAUGGCUCUGCCUCCUAUCAUAAUGGAUAUCAGCCUGUAAAUGCAUUCAACAAUGACAUUUUGAUGCCUACCGUUAUCGGGUCCAACAUCGUUCAUCCAACUAUGGGAUAUCAUGCUCCUCCAAUGGGAGCCGCAAUGCCGGUUCCUCAGCCCAUGGCUCCCGGCCCAUUGAAUCGUUUCAACGGCGGCUUCAAUCUCAACUAUGAUGAUUCAAGUCCAGCCACUUGGCUCGACACCAACGGGCCGAAUCGCGCGGUUCAACUACAGAAGUUCUUCGAAGACGCGAUGGAUGAUCACGAAUCCGCUAUUCCCGUUCGCGAUGCAACCAAAGCCCUGGGUUUGUCUAAUACAACGGAGCGACUUCCGGGCAUGCAAGUACCUCUGAUGCCCCAUCAACUCAUUGGUGUUGCUUGGAUGGUGAAGCAGGAGUUAGGGCAGGUUGCUGGUGGAAUCCUUGCGGAUGAUAUGGGUCUUGGGAAAACCAUGCAGACUAUUGCUUUGAUCGCUAAAAAUCGACCUGAAAAGAAAAAUCCUCGUCAAGCUACACUUGUGGUCGCGCCUGCGGCCCUUCUUGAUCAAUGGAAAGAUGAAAUUCUCAGCCGCACCGAUGAUGGCCUGUUCAAAGUUAGGAUUCACCACGGCAAGGAUAAGCUGCGUUCGGCAAAAGAGGUCGGCAAAUACGACAUUAUUAUCACCACUUUCCAAACCUUGACCAACGAGUUCCCUACGGACGAGAUCGAUAUGCGAAAGAAGAAGGCUGCCGAUAAAAAGAAGAAAAAGUCAAAGCAGCGAACUCUUGAUUACUUUAUCGUGAAUGAUUCCUCAGACGAGGGGGCGUCGAAGAAGAAGGCCGGGUAUGGUCCUUUAGCGAUGACCAAAUGGUAUCGUGUUGUGAUUGAUGAAGCACAAAACAUCCGUAACCGGUCAACCCGGUCUAGCCGCGUAAUGACGAUGCUUGAUUCGGAGUACCGUUGGGCUCUGACCGGGACCCCAGUCACAAACACACUAGCCGACUUGUACGGUCUUGUGCGCUUUUUGCAUUAUGCUCCAUUCAAUGAUUGGUCUGAAUUCAAUGAAAAAAUUUUCAAAAGCGGGACCCCAAUUGCUGGCCGGCGUGCCCAGGCGUUGCUCAAGAAAUGCCUUCUUCGUCGCACCAAGAACUCCAAAUUAGAAGGGAAGCCACUCAUUACCCUGCCGCCCAAGACAAUCGAUAUGGAGAUGCUUGAGUUUUCUCCCGAUGAACGCCAGGUGUGUUUACCAAGCGGUAGAGGCUCAGCAACAACACUCAACAAAUUCAUCCGUGCCGGCACUGUUAUGAAAAACUACCACCUUAUUUUGGUCAUGCUUUUGCGUCUGCGACAGGUUUGCAAUCAUCCGCGACUCAUUGCCUACGCUUCGGGAGAAUUCAUUGCCGAUGGCGCUCAGGUUAUGACCUCGGACGAGGACAACGAUGAUAAUGAGCCUAGGCUUUCGACUUCGUCGCUCGCGAACAGCAAAACUAACGCAAAAGCUCUUAUGGGGGAUGAGCGCUUCAAUAUGGUAACAAGACAAUUCCAUAAUACCGUUAAAGACAUGAUCACGGCCGAGAUCACUGGCGGAGACUUACCAGACGACGAAACCCUAGAAUGUCAAGUCUGUUAUGAACCAUUUGUUGGAAAUGCGUGUGUCACGGUCUGUGGACACGUAUUUUGCAAGGGAUGCUUGGACGAUCUAUUCAAGCUUCCAUUGCAAGGGGAGGCCGCAGCCAACGAGGAAUUUGGCAGGGGCCGCCAGAUCAAAAGUGAAGACGAUGACGAUGAAGUGGAUUUUGGUGCAAUGGGUGAGGGAGAAGACCUUGUGCCUGGUGCCAAGAUGAUCCAUAUGCUUAAUCUACUAACGACCUGGCACAAAGAGGCCCCAGAAGAUAAAAUCAUCGCUUAUUCUCAAUGGACCUCUAUGAUUGACCUCAUGCAAAUUCUUCUGAAAAAGUCUGGCUUUGAGUCUCUUCGCUACGAUGGCCAAAUGAAACGAGAGGAACGCGAGCACGCACGCCCUGACCUGAAGUGCGGAGGAGUUGGUCUCAAUCUUACUGAAGCCAACCGCGUCAUUUGCAUGGACCUCGCAUGGAACGCAGCCACUGAGAACCAAGCAAUUGACCGAGCUCACCGAAUGGGUCAAGUCAAACCAGUUACGGUCAAGCGCCUCGCCAUUAAAGGUACCAUUGAAGAACGUAUCCUGAAACUACAAGCCGAGAAGCAGAACUUGUCCGACGCCGCAUUGGGCGAAGGAAAUGGUACUAAAAUGUCGCGCAUGAAUGUAGCACAGCUGAAGAUGGGCAGUUCUCCUUUCCGAAUCUCUCGUUCUAGUCCACCACCCACACCGCACGCUUCAGACAACGAGGAAACCACUACUGCUCGCGUGACUACGGCAGUUCCGCCCCGAAUCAAAACUCUUACCACUACAGCAACACCGAUGGAAGCUACUAUUAUAGCAAUCCAAAUGGUUCAACCUACUAUAAUAGUGGAAAUGGCCAUAGCAACUAUACUAGCCCAAGUGGCGGAGGAUGGACCUCGAACGGAGGCUCGCGCCAGAGCAAGUGAAGAAAUUGGUAGAGUAUCCCAUUAUAUCGCUAUCUUGAAAGAGUACCAGGCUAUGGGAAUUUUCCGAUAUGGAAUCAUUAUCGUAGACUUGGAUUAG